AUGAGGUUUAUAUUGGGUUGCCCGUCAUCAACAAGGAUUGUUAAUAUGCUAACAGAGCUUAAGCUUCCUUUUCUUGCAGACAGAAUACACUCAAAUGUCACUUCUCUUACUACCACAUGUCUUCACACACCACACCUUGCACUUCAUUACACUCAUGUUGUUAGGACAGCCAUGGGUCCCAACGCAAGACUGCCCCGAAUUCAUCAUGGUGGUCGUAAUCUGAUAAAGCAUGUGUGUUCUCUGCUCCAUAGUCUCCACAUCAGUAUUGACGAGGCAGAGGUUGUUCCUGUUUCACCGCCCUGGCGUGUUCCCCUCCCAGCUGUUCUCUUUACUGAGAUAUCGAAAGAGGAGAUACCUGUCCUGCAGCAGCAGCGGGCCAUGGAGACUAUUGCUGCGGUAACAUCAUCUAUUCCGACGCCGCACCGCAUAUUCACCGAUGGUUCCCUGCAACCUGACGGACGGGCCGGUAGUGUAGCCUUCUCCCCGGACUUGGAUCCCCCGGUAGGAGGAUGGACUGGCCGUAGACUCCCUGACAGCUCUAGUUCAACGUAUUCCUGGCGAAGGCAGCUUGUGGGCAAGAGCCGCGCGUCGAUCGGCCGCCACCUUCCCUGCCUCAGGUCAGCUGCUAUGUUGGCUGUGAAGCAGGCAAUGAACGCUCAGAGAGUGAUCAGCGAGUCUAUCCAACAUUAUGACACCAUGAGGGCGCACUCCUUCAAGUAUCGUCGUACGGGCCUCAUGGUUCGUAGACACAACGUGGUAUCAGCACGCAUCAGGCUGGGCUACAGGCCGGUGUUGCAAGUCGCACGGCUGGAGGAAGAGCAGCACUUCACCACUUGUCAACUCUGUAAUGCACCUUUCUCAAACACCUUAUAA